AUGAUCAGGACAGUAAAGCCCAAGAACGCAAGGGCUAAAAGAGCUCUAGACAAAAAAGAGCCCAAAUUGGUCGAAAACACCAAGCAGGCCUUGUUUGUCACUGGUAAAUCGUCAACCAAGGUAUUGCACGAUGCGAUGGUCGACUUGAGUGCCUUGAAGAAACCAGAUAUCAAGAGAUUCAACAAGAAGAAUGAAGUCCGCCCCUUCGAGGAUGCAGAACCUUUGGAGUUUUUCAGUGAGAAAAAUGACACCUCCUUAAUGGUUUUGGGAACAAGCUCGAAGAAGCGCAAGAACAACCUAACAUUUGUGCGCACCUUUGGCUACAAAAUUUAUGAUAUGAUUGAGCUGCAAAUCGCUGACAACUAUAAAUUUUUGUCUGAUUUCAAAAAGCAGACUUUUGCUGUGGGCCUCAAGCCUAUGUUCUCGUUCCAGGGGUCAGCCUUCGACACUCAUCCAGUUUACAAACAUGUGAAGUCGCUUUUCUUAGACUUCUUUAGAGGAACCACCACCGAUCUGCAUGAUGUUGCAGGUCUUCAGCAUGUCAUCUCUUUGACUAUUCAGGGAGAUUUCGAAGACGGAGAAUCGCUUCCAAAUGUUCUCUUCAGAGUGUACAAGCUGAAAACUUACAAGAGCGAGCAAGGUGGAAGAAAGCUACCUCGCGUAGAACUUGAAGAGGUGGGUCCACGUUUUGAUUUCAAGAUUGGCCGUAUCCAUUCACCAUCUCCAGAACUGGAGAAGGAAGCGCUCAAGAGGCCUAAGCAACUGGAAGUGAAGACUGUCAAGAACAUUCAGCUAGACUCCAUGGGUGACAAGAUUGGUACAAUUCACAUGAAUAAGCAAGAUCUUGGUAAGCUGCAAACCAGAAAGAUGAAGGGUCUCAAAUCUAGAUUCGACCAGACAAGUGUUGAUUCCGACACUGAAAACUACCUGAACGACGAAGAACAGGAAUUGCAGGGCGCUGAAGAGAGCUACGGUGAAGAUUUUGUAACUGCAAAUGACAUUGACGUUGAGCCUCCUGCCAAGAGAAUGAAGAAAUAA